UUGAUUUUUAAUAAAAUAACAUAAAUUGAGAUAUAGUUUAUAUAAACUUAUAUUGAAUUUAAAUGUAUUUAUUUAAAUAUUUAGUUUUGUGUUUACUGGCAAUAAUUAAUUCACAUUAUAUAACAUGUUAUAUAUUGACUGAUGAAGAAAAUACUGAUUUUGAUGGACCAACCACUCAGACAGGACGUGAGUUGGAGAGCCGACUGAAACUAUAUCAAGCACUGACACCCGAUCAACGAACCAAUGUUACCGCCGUAGCCGAGGUGUGCGGCAAACAUGACCUCCCGGUCCAGUGUACAGCAGUAUUGGGUGCAUCGGUCCGGUCAAACGACAAUUGCGACAGUUAUUGUUGUUCACAGGGAAGGCUAAGCGGUUUUUGUCGGACACAGUUAACCAAUUUGAUUGUCAAGGAUCCACUUAAAGCCGAUAUGUACGUAAAAUUUGAACCCACCCUAUCGUCACAGUGUUUGUGCACCGAUUCAUGGAAAGACGCCUCCUGUCGACCUGAUGGCUCAUUUCUUGGCAUUCAUUGUCCCGAUGAGUGGUCGUGUAGUCACUAUUGUUGUCGUCGCAGAUUUACCGACGGAAAAUGUGUCGGUCUUUUGCAUCUCAAAUGUCAUUGUUUUAAUAGUAGUAAAGUUGAUAACAAAUUUGCAUUAUAAUAAUUUUAACUUUAAUACCAUAAAUACCUGUAUAUUAAUUUUU